AUGUCUCCCCCAACCUUGCGCCAGCUCUGUACUGCGACUGCGAUUCGGAACGUGAAGUAUCUCAACGAUAUCGGCAACAUUCCUUAUGCGCUUGCUCGCCCUUUCCUGCUCAAGAUUGAAAGCCCGGAGAAGCUGAGAUCCCUCGAAGUGCAAUCACCACAUAUUAUGAAUGAUGAUUCCGAGUUAUGGCUCGAGUUUAUAAAGCGCGAUAUACCCAACUGGGACGAAUUCCCCUUGCAAGAGCAGCCGGACUGCUGGUACGACCUAUAUUGUGAACUACGAGAUGAAGUCCAAAGGGGAGUAGAUGAGGAUGCGGAAAGACUCAAGAUGGCCCUCGAUGGCUUGAGCUCGGAACGAGAGAAGCAUAGCACCAAAUUUGUGGCCGACCGAAGGACCAUCGGCGUCCCGCGGAGCCGGACGACUGCCCGGCAUCGAUAUAGCACAUUCGCGGGCUUCGCACCAAAGAAGAAGAACAUAUUCUCCGCCACAAAGAGAAACAACGUUUUAGCUGUUCCGACUAAGCAGCUCAACAACAGGGCGACGCAGGUGCAGCAGGCUCCACGCUCUUUAGUAGAGGCUCAUCGUCGACCUGCUGAGCCGGCCGUCGCUCGGCGACCACUGCUACGGGCCCCCAGGCGCUCUCCCUUGCAGGAUGUUUCAGGAAGCAGAAGCCAAAGCGGCUCUCCAGCUGCUAAUAACUCAUCUCUGCGGGAGAGAGAAGCCAGACUACGUGCGAUCGCCUCGGGCCACGUUGCAGCCUCUUCCCGAUCCCACACCCCUCAACAAAUGUCUUCUACGGAAAUAUCUGUGUCAGCCAGAACUUCAUCGGGCGCCGAGUCUUCUCGCCCUGGUGCUAAUACGAUUUCAGAAGCGUCAAGGGCGUCACCACCUCGCGCAACAAUUCGGAAACGGCCCGCUCCUAACCUUUUCAUUCAACCGAAGAAGAAGAGGAUGAACUAA